GGGUGAGCGGCCAGGGUGGCAGGCCUCUGUGCAAAUGGACCAUCUGUUGGAGCUCAGGAGGCUGGACUCCUGCCCAAGGGACUGGGGCCUCAGGCUCUCAGGCCAAGGAGAGUGGCCCCGAGGACAGUACAGAGGAGCGUGGCCAGCCCUGCGGUCCAGCGGGGCUGAGACAGUGGCAGGGAAGGAGGCGGCAUCCACAUCGGCCUGACUUUCCUCCAACAGAUGUCCCCCUGAGGCUUAGGAGCUCAGGGGAGCUGAGCCAUGCCCUUGUGCUCCCUGGAGGACGCUACCAGAGCCCCCACAUCAUGAACAUCACGCCAAGGGAUACCCAGGCCCCAAGCCACCGUGAGUGCCUCCUGCCCUCUGUGGCUCGCACCCCCUCGGUCACCAAGGUCACUCCAGCCAAGAAGAUUACCUUCCUCAAGCGAGGGGAUCCACAGUUUGCUGGGGUCCGCCUAGCCGUUCACCAGCGCGCCUUUAAGACCUUUAGCGCCCUCAUGGACGAGCUCUCUCAGCGCAUGCCUCUCUCCUUUGGGGUGCGCUCUGUCACCACACCCCGGGGCCUGCACAGCCUCAGUGCCCUGGAGCAGCUGGAAGAUGGUGGCUGCUAUCUAUGCUCUGAUAAGAAGCCCCCCAAGACCCCCAGUGGGCCAGGCUGGCCACAGGGGAGAAGCCCCACUGCUCCACAUUUGCGGGAUAUCAAAGGCCGGCGUGAAACCCCAGGAACAUCCUCCUCCCGGAAGAGUCUUAAAACUCCCCGGAAGAUACUGUUGGUUAAGAACACAGACCCUCGCCUCCAGCAGACAGUGGUCCUCAGUCACAGGAAUAUGAGAAGCCUGGCUGCCUUUCUCAGCAAAGCCUCAGAUCUGUUGUGCUUUCCUGUGAAGCAGGUGUACACAACCAGCGGGAAAAAGGUGGACUCACUGCAGGCCCUGCUGCACAGCCCCUCUGUGCUGGUAUGCGCCGGGUAUGAGGCCUUCAGACCUCCAGCCAUGGAAAAUGCCAGGAGAAGUGAGGCUGGAACUUUAUCUGGGCUGACUUCAAGAAACAAAAACGGGAGCUGGGGGCCAAAGACCAAGCCGAGCGUGAUCCAUUCACGGUCCCAGUCAGGCAGCAGGCCACAGCUGCCAGAGAGGCCUGGUCCCAGUGACCUGCUGGCGGGCCCUGCUCCUGACAGGCACCCUCAAGACACGCCGGCGCAGCCGGGCCCGCUGGUGGCCGGCGAUGACAUGAAGAAGAAGGUCCGCAUGAACGAGGACGGCAGCCUGUCCGUGGAGAUGAAAGUCCGCUUCCACCUGGUUGGCGAGGACACACUUCUGUGGUCCCGGAGGAUGGGCCGGGCCACCGCCCUCAGCACAGCCGGCGGGGAGGACCCCGUUCUGGGGGAGGUGGACCCUCUCUGCUAUGUGUGGGAGGGCUACCCCUGGGGCUUCUCACAGCCUGGGGUGUGGGGACCCCGGCCCUGCAGGGUGGGAUGCGGGGAAGCCUUUGGCCGAGGUGGGCAUCCAGGGCCCAAGUAUGAAAUCUGGACGAAUCCCCUGCAUGCCUCCCAGGGAGAGAGAGUGGCAGCUCGGAAAAGGUGGGGACUGGCCCAGCACGUCCGCUGCAGUGGCCUGUGGGACUGCAGGGCUCCCGGGAGGGAGAGAUGCAGCCAGGACAGCGCCAGCCCCGCCUCCAGCACCGGCCACCCCGAGGGCUCAGAGCCAGACUCUUCCUGCUGCCCCAGGAUCCCAGAAGACAGGAUGGACAGUGGCAGCUCCUCUGCCCGGAGAGGGGCCGAGUGGGAAGCUGGCGGGAGGCUGGGUGAGGAGCCCAGCAUGUGCACAGACGGAGCAUGGCUGGGCAGCCCAGAGCAAGGCAGCCGCCUAACAUCCAGGGCCCAGAGUGAGGAGGGGACUUCUUCGGACUCAUCAGCCAGCAGCAGGGAAGGAUCCAGCGAAUGGGGCGGGCGGACCCGGGGCUGCCUGGGCAAGGUAAGGGCUGAGACCUCCCAGCAGGAGGCCACUGAGGGAGGCGUCCUGGGUUCUCCAGCCCUGAGUCUUUCAUCUUUAAGGAGUGAGGACCUGCAGGCGGAGAUGCCAGGACAUGGCACCGAGCACCAGCAGGCCAGCGGUGCAUCUGUGAUGAGGGAGCCUCUGGCUUCGGGCCUUUCCAGCUCCUGGGACUCGGAAGGAGCCUCUUCCACCCCUCCCACCUGCACUUCAGCCCAGCAGAGGCGGAGAAGGCACAAGAGCCGGGCCAGUGUGGUGUCCUCACCCAGCAGCCCUGGCCUUGGCCGAGUGGCCCCAAGAGACUCUCCCAGGCAGUGUCGCUACUGCAGGGGUACCCACAGCCCGCUGGACUCCCCUGCAACCAAGCAAGUGCCGAGGCCUCCUCAGCAGCGAAGGGCCUGCCGGGAUGGCUCAGUGCCACGAUCUUCUGGAAGCUCAUCGAGCUCCAGGACACAAGCCUCCAGGGACCUGAGACCUCCCUCCUCGGGCUCUUUUCCUUCCCAGGACCUUCUGGGAACCAGCAGUGCCACUGUCACCCCUGGAGGCCACCCGGACUGUGCCUCUGGGAUCUCCCCCAACAACGUUCCCUCUGCUGGGUGGGCAGGGGAGGCAGGGUCCAGGACAUGCUCACCGGCCCCCAUGCAGCCUCACACAUCCAACUCCUGCCCAAAAUCUGGGGCGGCCAGCCUGGGGGAUCAGGCCAGGGACACCCCGCAGCCUUCCUUGCCAUUGGUUCUGCAGGUUGAACGGCCUGAGCAAGGGGCAUUAGGCCCCCACCAAGGCCGCUCCUGCUCACAGACCGGGACACUGUUGGCCCAGGAGGCCCAGUGGGGACCCUACCUGGAGGCCCGCUGGCUGUGUGGCAGGUACUGUCCCACCCCACCCAGGGGGCGGCCCUGCCCUGAGAGGCGCCCUUCCAGCUGUGCCAGCACCAGCAGCAGCCACCGGAGUGCUGCCUGUGGGCCAGGUGGGAGCCAGCAGGAGGAGGAGACACACCAGGCAGAGCUCACAGCGUCCUCUGGCCCCAGUUCAGGGGCAUCUAGGAGCAGCGGCGCCAGCCAGGGUGUGAGGUGUGGGGUGCUGUCCCAGGAGAAGACCGAUAGUCGGGGAGACCCCCAGGGGCAGGAGGAGGCUAGCGGCAUGUCCCCUGGCACGCUGCCCCGCUCGACUCCAGAGGCGGUGGUCCGAGAAUGGCUGGACAACAUUCCGGAAGAGCCCGUACUCAUGACAUAUGAGAUGGUGGACGAGACCACAGGUGCAGCGGGGGAUGGCCUGAGAGGCCCUGAGGUGGACCCUGGGGAUGACCAGGCUCUGGGAGGCCUGGUGGAGCCAGCUGACGCCAGACAACAGCCCCUGGAAGGGGAUGCUGGACAGGACCUAGAGCCAGAGGGAGUCCUCCCGGUGAGUGGUGAUGUUGGUCCCCCAUCAGGAGAGGGUAUCCCCCAAGGGGCAUCUCCAGAGGGAGUUUCUGAAGCCCCUGCAGAGGCCGGAGUGGACAGAGGGGCCCCGGUCAGCUGUGGGGUGGGCCUGCGGGCACUUCCUGGCCGGGUGUCUGCCUCCACGCAGAUCAUGAGGGCACUGAUGGGCUCCAAGCACAACCGGCCCAGCAGUGUGCCCGAAGUGUCUCGGCCUGUGGCCAGGAGGCUCAGCCACUCAGCCGGGGCCCUCAUUACCUGUCUGGCCAGUCUCCAGUUCUUUGAUGAGGACCCUGGGUCUCCUGCCAGCAAAGUGAGGUUCAAAGACUCCCCUCGGUACCAGGAGUUGCUCCGCAUCUCGAAGGACCUGUGGCCGGGAUGUGACCUUGGGCAGGACCAGCUGGACUCGGGCCUCUGGGAGCUCACAUGGAGCCAGGCUCUGCCAGACCUUGGGUCCCAUGCUGUGACAGAGAACUUCACGCCCACGUCCUCCUCUGGCGUGGACAUCAGUAGCGGCUCUGGAGGCUCAGGGGAGAGCAGCAUACCCUGUGCCAUGGAUGGCACUCUGGUCCCUGAGGGGACAGAGCUGUCCCUGAAAACCUCAAACCAGAGGUCUGAUUCCAGAACCUCUGAGAACCCAGGGGAUCUGGAAAAGCAACAGCACUGUUGUUCCCCAGCCUGCGCUUGUGCCACCAAGGAGGAGGAAGCAGAAAGAGACAGGGAGGAGCAGAUGGCUGAAAACACAAUGCAAGAAGAGGAGGCACAGUUAGAGGAAACUAAAGAAGGAACAGAAGGAGAACUGCAAGGAGAAGAGGCGCAGUUAGAGGAAAUGAAAGAAGAAACAGAAGAACAGCUGCAAGAAGAGGCACAGCUAGAGGAAGUUAAAGAAGGACCAGAAGGAGGACUGCAAGAGGAGGUUCUUGAAGAAGGUCUCAAAGAGGAAGAGCUUCCAGAAGAAGGACACGUCUGCGGACAGGAAUUGUCAGAGGCCGGCUCUCUGGAUGGGGAAGGCUCCCAGGAAGAGGACGCAGUCCAGGAGGAGGAAGCGGGAAGAGCCUCUGCCUCUGCAGAGCCAUGCCCCCCAGAGGGCACAGAGGAGCCCACGGAGCCCCUUAGUCAUCUCAAUGAGAUGGACCCAAGUGCCAGUGAGAGUCAAAGUGGCUCCCAGCUUGAGCCUGGCUUGGAAAAGCCACCUGGAGCUGCCUGGAUGGGCCAGGAACACACGCGGGCCCCACCUACCCAAGGGGCUGCAGAGAAGAGCUCUUCGGUGGCCUGCAGAGUGGCUCUGGACUGUGACCCCAUCUUGGUGUCUGUGUUGCUGAAGAAGACAGAGAAGGCCUUCCUGGCCCACCUUGCCAGCUCAGUGGCUGAGCUCCGAGCACGCUGGGGCCUGCAGGACAACGAUCUGCUGGACCAGAUGGUGGCCGAGCUGCAGCAGGACGUGGCCCGGCGCCUCCAGAGCAGCACCGAGAGAGAGCUCCAGAAGCUCCAGAGCCGAGCGGGGCGGAUGGUGCUGGGGCCUCCCCGGGAGACCCGCACGGGGGAGCUACUCCUGCAGACCCAGCAGCGCAGACACCGCCUCUGGGGCCUGCGCAACCUCUCGGCCUUCUCUGAGCGGACGCUGGGCCUGGAGCCCCUCUCCUUCACCCUGGAGGACGAGCCGGCCCUCAGCACAGCCCUGGGCACCCAGCUAGGUGCAGAGGCUGAGGGAGAGGAGUUCUGUCCUUGCGAGGCCUGCGUGAGGAAAAAGGUGAGCCCUACGUCCCCCAAGGACACAAGGGGGGCCACCAGAGGUCCCAUCAGAGAGGCUUUUGACCUGCGGCAGAUUCUGCAGAGGAAGAAGGGAGAACGUACCGAUGGGGAGGCAGCAGAGUUGGUCCCUGGCAGGACCCCCAUGGACCCCAUAAGCACCAGGACUGUCCAGGGAGCUGAUGGGAGGCCAGGGCUGGGGCUGGGCCCAGGGCCUGGAGUGGAUGAGGAAGAGGACAGCGAGGGGAGCCAGAGACUCAACAGAGGCAAAGAUCCCAAACUGGGGGAGGCAGAGCGAGCUGCCGUGGCUCAGGAGAGAGAAGGGAAAACCCACAGCAGCAAAACCAGCGCCAGCAGUGAGCUGGAGGAAGCUGAGCUGGAGGGAGAGGGCGUGGGUGAGAGGGGAGAAACUGGGGACCAGGACUCUGGGCAUGAGGACAACUUGCAGGGUGAAGCUGCGGCAGGAGGUGACCAAGAUCCAAGACAGAGUGAUGGAGCCGAAGGCAUAGAGGCCCUGGAGGCCAAAGAGGAGACUCAGGAGGCAGAAGAGGAGGCCCAGCCAGAGUCAGAAGGUGUAGAGGCCCAGGAGGGAGAAGAGGAGGCCCAGGAGGCUGAAGGGGAGGCCCAGCCAGAAUCAGAAGGUGUAGAGGCCCCAGAGGCAGAAGGGGAGGCCCAGCGAAAGUCAAAAGGUAUAGAGGUUCUGGAGGCAGAACAGGAGGCCCAGGAGGCUGAAGAGGAGACCCAGCCAGAGUCAGAAAUUAUAGAGGCCCCAGAGGUUGAAGGGGAGACCCAGGAAGCAGAAAGGGAGGCUCAGCCAGAUUCAGAAGGUGUAGAGGCUCUGGAGGCUGAAUGGGAAGCCAAGGAGGCAGAAGGCGUAGAGGCCCCAGAGGCUGAAGGGGAGAUCCAGGAGGCAGAAGGGGAGGCUCAGCCAGAGUCAGAAGGUGUAGAGGCCCUGGAGGCUGAAGGGGAGACCCAGGAGGCAGAAGAAGAGGCCCAGCCAGAGUCAGAAGGCGUAGAGGCCCCAGAGGCUGAAGGGGAGGCCCAGCCAAAGUCGGAAGGAGAAACUCAAGGUGAGAAAAAAGGGAGCCCUCAGGUCAGUCUAGGAGAUGGCCAUGCAGAGAGGAAGACCAUGAGGAUGUAUCCAGAAAGUUCCACUUCUGAGCAAGAAGAGGUACCUUCAGGCCCAAGGACUCCAGAGCAGGGGGCCAGUGAAGGCUGUGACCUACGAGAUGACCAGGCACUCAGAAGCCUUGCCCCCACUGCAGCGGUGGGCAGGGCAGAUGGCUUUGGCCAAAAUGACUUAGAUUUCUAGACAAGAUCAAGCUGCAAUAUGGUUGUGAGCCUGAGAGAUCGUUUCUAUUCAUAUUUUUUCUGCAAACCUGAGUAACACUCAGUCCACUGGAGACGUGCACAGCAGAUGGACAAAACCAAGGACUUGCUAAGGACACAGCCCAUGCCGUGCUGUCCUGUGAUUCUAAGUCCAGAAGCUUCAGAGAGCUCUGUGGCCUGUCCCACACGCAGUGCAAAUAAAGGGGGCCUGCACAUCUGCCCCGUUAUUGGAGGUCAGCCUGGCUCCCAUUCCUUUGCCUAUAGAGCCUGAAAGAUGGAACUGAUUGGAAAGAUUCCAGUAUAGCUUCUGUUUGUGGGUUUGUUUUCUGCUAGCAAGUGUUUCUCACUGUCUUUUCCCGAUCGAUCUCCUGUUCCUUUUCUCCUUGGUGUCUGUGGGCACUCACCUCAUUUGACUUUGAGGUGCUUUUUUUCCAGUCUUGAAUGUAUUUGGUGACUCUGCAGAAAUACUUCUGCAAAGCAGAUAACUUCGGAGUCAUUUGAUAAAGUUUGUUCUCAGAACCAAA